AUGAAUGUAAGUACCACUACAUACGUACUCGCUCACGAUGCUUUGAUCAAAAUGAAAUGUUCUUUUGGCAAUGUUUCUACGCGAAGCAAACUAUUGUACUUAACUGCUAUUACUAUUGUUAUGAUAUGCUUUGGUAAUUAUAUUAUUAAUGAUACAUUUAUUCAAGAGAACGAUUAUAUUCAACCACGCGGUGUCAUCGCUACACUUAUUCGCAGUGAUAACCAAUCAAUUUUCUUAGCAAUUAAUAUGAUUCAUUCCGUAAUAAAGUUUCAUUCUGCUAAAACCAAUCUCUUUUAUCCGAUCAUAAUUUUUCAUGAGGAAAGCCUUAGUUUCCAUUUACAGCAAUACAUAAUAUCAUGUACAAUAAGAAACAAUACACACGUAAACAUAUCAUUUGCUCUUGUGGAUUUCCGAACACCAAUACAACCGAACAACGGGUCACGAUUAGGAAAAUCAAUUGGAUACCGUAUGAUGUGCCAGUUUUGGACGUAUGAUAUCUUUUAUCAUCCCGCAAUUAUGCAAGGUCAAUACGAGUAUCUCAUGAGAAUGGAUGCCGAUUCGUAUUUUUCUGACCAAACUGGAAAAGACCUUUUCCUUUAUGUUGAUAGACAAAAGUUAGAUUAUGUUUAUCGUGCAACAUAUUCGGAACCGUUUACACCAAUGGAACCCCUUUUACGGCACUUUCUCUACGAUGUCACUGAUGUUUCCGAUUGUAUAUAUAACAAUUUUUUUAUUAUUCGUUUAAAAUGGUUCUACGAGUCUGAACCAAUUCAAACAUUUGUUAAUGAAUUAGUUCGAGAUGGUUUGAUGCUGCGUGAAUAUAUUGGUGAUGGGUGUGCUCAUGCAGCUAUGAUAAAAAUUGAUCGUCAAGUUCGCGUAAGACGUAUUACCGACAUUGCUUACGGUCACAAUUACCAUGUGAUGCCACGUCGACGGAAUUUAAAAUUUUUGUACGUAAAAGACUUUGAAGAAGAAUUAAAAACAUCUUGUAGAUGUUUGAUCGUAUUAAAAGAUACAAGCGGUACACUGACUCGAAUACCUGUUCCAUAA